CCAGAACUGCCCCCAGCACUCGAGGUGAGGCUGUCCCAGUGCAGAGCAGAGGGGACAAUCCCCUCCCUUGCCAGCUGGCCAUGCUGUAGCUGAUGUCCCCCGGGACAGGAGCAGUGCCAGCUCCCGGCUGCCAGGGUGCUGCUGACUCGUGUUCAACUUGCACGGAGCAGGACCUUUCCUGUGGCUCUGCUUUCCAGCCUCAUUGCUGAGUCUGCACCUACACCUGGGGUCACCCCAUGCCAGGUGCAGAAUCCUGCUGUCACACACAAGACAGAGUAAAUGCCUCAUUCUGCAUUUGGAUACUGGGGUUUAUUGAAUAACCACCAGGACCAGACCUUUUGCCCUCCUUGCUUGUGAUCAGCUCCUGCCCCAGCACUGUGUUCCUUGGGUCUCUGCUUCCCAGCAGGGAGGUCUCUCCUGGUCCAGGAAGGUCAGGCACAAAGAUGUGCUGGUUCCCACUGUGCUGCUUCUCACAGUUGCCUAUUCCAGUCACCACUGGCCAAGGUCCCAUCUCUGAUCUGCAGGAUAUUUUCCCUCCCACCACAUCCACACACAGCCUGCUGUCAGUUCACACUGUAAGCUGAUUCUAUCUAUGGCAGGAGCUUAUAGCAAGGGAGGCACCACAGAUUCUUGCUUCUCCAAAUGCAAACACCAUCAUCCCUGUACCCUCACCCUGCUUCCCUUUCAUGCACAAUUAAUUACAUGGUCCAUUAACAAGCUUGUAUGAGCAGUCCUUUAACAACAUUAAUUUUUCUGCUGCUAAAGCAAAAAUGCAAAAAAUUGUCCCUGACCAGCCCACUGUCACCUGCCCUGUCCCCUAAGAAAACUAAAACCUUAAACCAGGUUGCUCUGAGGGCAGAGUGAAGUAGGCAGCCUGUGGUUCUGGACCUGCCAAGGGGCAGGUGAGGUGGGACAGAAAUGUGCUGGGCCCAGAAUGAGCUGCUUCUGCAGUGAACAACUCUGACAGGAUGGACACAUCAUAGGUGCUGCAGCUCUUGCUCUUUUCUCAAGUUUUCACAGCCAGGAGAGGUGAAGAGGGUGCUCCUGAGACACCUGGGCACUGUGGAAGGUGCUGGAGAUGUCAGGUCAACAUCUGAUGAGGCAGCACAGAGGACCCAGGCCUGAGCCGAUGAUCUGAGCUGAAGCAGCAAGGAAAAGCUUUAGGGAUUGGUGACCAGAUUUGGAAAGAGACAUGAAAAUAAAAUGGCAAUGACAGAAAUGAACUUCUGACAAUGGGGGACUGGAACUUGUUGGGCAGCAUCCUUGAAGAAGUGCACAUCCACUCCACCAUAGUUGGCAAAAUCUGGCUCACAAUCCUGUUCAUAUUCCGGAUGCUGGUGCUGGGAGUGGCUGCUGAAGAUGUCUGGGAUGACGAGCAGUCCGAGUUCAUCUGCAACACGGAGCAACCUGGCUGCAACAAUAUCUGUUACGACAAAGCCUUCCCCAUUUCUUUGAUCAGAUACUGGGUACUGCAGAUCAUAUUUGUCUCCUCCCCAUCCUUAGUGUACAUGGGCCACGCGCUCUACAGGCUCAGGGCGCUGGAGAAGGAGCGGCAGAACAGGAAAGCUCACUUGCGGGCUCAGCUCGAGGACCUGGAGCCCAUGCUCGAGGAACACAGGCGAGUGGAGAGAGAACUGCGUAAGCUGGAGGAACAGAAGAAAGUGAAUAAGGCACCCUUGAGAGGGUCCCUGCUGCGCACCUAUGUCCUACAUAUCCUGACCCGGUCGGUGGUCGAAGUGGGCUUUAUGAUAGAGAAGACCAUCUUUAUGGUUUUCAUGAACAGCAUCGCCGCAGUCUCCCUCUUCCUCAACAUCCUCGAAAUCGCCCACCUGGGCAUCAAGAAGAUCCAGAAGAGCCUGUGCGGGCGGCCACUGUGGCCGGCGGGCCCGUCCGAGGAGGACCCCAGCGCGUACAACUCCAAGAAGAGCUCGGUGGUGCCUCCGCCGCCCUGCCUGGCCAGCAACGCCGAGGAGGCGCCGCGGGCCGCCCCGGUGGGCGGCGGGGCGGGGGCGGCCGCCGCCGCCCGCCGGGCGCCCCGCAGGCACAGCCGGGUGAGCGCCUGCCGGGAUCGGGAUGAGGAGCGCGGCGACUCCCCGGACAGCGGGCACUGCCCCGGCACCCGCAAGUCCAGCUUCCUGUCCCGCGUCCUCACCGGGAGCCGGGCGGGCAGCGACAGCGAGAGCACCGCCUCCCGCGGCGGCUCCGGCCCCGGCCCCGGCCCCGGCUCCGGCUCCGGCUCGGAGGGGAAGCGCCGCGAGGAGGGCGCGCCCAGCCCGCCGCCCGCCGCCUCGGGACGCCGCGUGUCCAUGGCAAGUAGCGCCCGGGACAGCCCGCGGGAGGGGGGCGGCGGGGGGCCUCGGCACCCUGUGCCGGCCCUGGGGAGGAGGGGGCGAGCCAGGGGGCAGAACGGCUCGGGCAGGACUUCCAACACAGCCCCAGCUCCUCGCGGCCCCCCGGACAAAGCCAAGCUCCCAAACGCUCGGCCUCCUUCUGCCGUGAAAGCAGGAAUACCAGGGAAUUACUGA